AAGUGCUCGUAGCUGUCUCUGAGAUCAUGUGCUCUGAGAGCAGAGUUGCACUAUUGGCUCCAGUCUGAUUCACGUGAGGAGGGGGACUGCACAGUUUAUUAGAUAUUUACCAGUGGAGCAGGUUGUGCCGGUUCUCUCUGUGUUUUGCACAUGGAUCCACCCUAAUGGGCUGUUUCGUACUCGGAAGCUGCUUGUGAAAAAGAUGCUGGGUAGUCUGACCAGCUGCUGCUGACAACACAAGUCACGGUAUGUCACGAGGGAUGCAGGGAAGUGUAGUGAGGAGAUGAAUGGCUGCAGCAGUUGUAUACCCGGAUUAUAGAGCAGCAGAUAAAUGUGUGCCUUGUAUUUCUGUGCUGCCAUGGUGCUCUAGGAAAUCCUUCUUUUACUCACAAGCGAUGCUCUGCCUGGCCUAGGCCAAAAUGAGUAUUAUCAACAGUCUCCUGAAUUUUGAGGCAACUCUUAGUUUGGAAAUGGAUUAUUCAUCGUGGAAUACCUGCUUAAUAGUUAGUGGAGCCGGUUUUCUGGGAUACCUGUUUCUUUUUGUGUUAUGCCAUCUAGUGUCCAUUCUUGUAUCAGCUACAUAUCGCUCUCUAUCUGCCAAAGAGAAAGUAUUUUGGGAUCUUGCAGUCACACGUGCAGUAUUUGGGGUUCAGUGCAUUUAUGCUGGGCUGAGAGCUUUACUGAUCGACCCUGUGCUCACUGCUGACACUAUCACUGGUCAGCAAAGCUGGUCCCACUUUACUAUUCUAAUAGCAGUUGGUUUUUUUCUGUUUGAAAAUCUUGCUCUUCACACUUCUAAUUUAAUAUUUUGGACAUGUGAUAUUUUCCUAGCAGUUCAUCACUUUUUCGCUUUUCUUGGCUAUUUGGCUGCUGCAAUUUGUAACACUGGCGGACAUUAUUUGUAUAUGCUAUCAUUGUUACUGGAAAUGAGCACACCAUUUACCUGCAUAUCCUGGAUGCUUCUUAAGGCUGGUUCUUCAAACACCUUAUUUUGGAAAGUUAAUCAAUGGAUAAUGAUUCAUAUGUUCCACUGCCGCAUUGUCCUCACUUACCACCUGUGGUGGGUAUGUUUGUACAACUGGGAUCGUUACAAAAACUCUCUGCCCUUUGUAUAUAUAGCAUUCUUCUUUACUGGACUGGCAAUUGUAACAAUAAUAUUAAACCCUUAUUGGACUCAUAAGAAGACACAACAGCUCUUGACUCCAGUUGACUGGAACUUUAAGGAGACAUCUGUGAAAUCCCGUUCAGAAAAAGGAAAUGGAGUGAUUAAACAUCACAAGAAGAAACAGUAAACAAAAACAUUUUUUUUUUAAAUAGCUAUUAUAUUGUUUUUUUCUUCUUUUUCUCAGGCCAACAGUAUUGAAAUAUGAAAUCUCCCUAUUGUAAACAACCUUAUCUACAGUGUUACUGACAUAACCUUUCAAAGUACCAAUUAUUUUAAAAUCAAAGCUGGUGGCUUUACUAUUCAAUAUUGCUUUGACACAGUGGUGUGUGAAUAUCGUGUUGAUUUGGACACUACAUACUGUAUAUGUACAAGUAGGUCUACAGUCGGAAAGCUUAAAGUGUUUGUACUUACUUCUCUCUGUGUUCAUCAUAGGGUGAAAAUUGCGUUCACUCUAACCAUGGUUUUCUUGCGGUUUUGAUUGUCUAUGCCAAACAUACUCGUUCAGUCUGUCUCUGGCUGACCAAAUAGGCUGGGAGCCACAGUUUUAAUAAUCUGUGAUUUUUAACAAUUCAGAAACAUAUGGGAGCAGAGGUACAGUGAAUUGGGCUGGGUAGGCACUGAUAAUCUCUAGACUCUUGCCUAUUGCAUCAGUCCUAGAAACUACAUUUUUUAACCCUUUCUCUGCAAGUCUGCUUUGAUUUUGGCACACCACAUAUUGCCUUUACACACAGUGUUCCACAGAUUAAAAAAGACUGUCAGGGUAAUGUAUGAUUCCUAACAGGGCAGGUAAACAGUAAUUAAGUUACUUUAGUAUGUUUUGGGCAAUACAGGAUGGAAUAUUCAUGUAUACAUAGUAGAACAGAGAAAGAGGGCCCAACAGAGCAGGAUACUAAUGUGCCAUGUUUCCUAGCAGGCAACAUCACCACAAUACUCUGGGACAAAUGUUAUUUGCCUGUGAUGAAACUUUCCAUCUGGUAUUCAACAUGUCUCCUUUAUUCCUGUUCCCCACAACUCAUCCUUUUAUAUGUGUUUGGCCCAUUCUCUAUAGUAAAUAAUGCAUUGUUGCUUACAUCACUCUUUGCUGGUCUAGAAAGUGCAGGAAAGCAUCACCAAAAACAUUUGCUAAUAACAUAUACAGGGUAAAACUUCAAUAAGUUUUGUCUCAUUCGUACAGAAUGUGUAAUGUUUAACUUUUUCCACAUCAUACUUUCUACUGCCCUACCUUGCUCUAAUUUUCCAUAUGCAAAUUAGGAUUCAGUUCAGAUUUGGCUGAAUCCCAAAUUAGUGGAUUUGGUGCAUCCCUUGUUUGAAAAAUAAUCAACAUUGUAAAUGUUACAGUAACUGACUAUUUCUUUUGCCUGCUUUCUCAAAUAAAAUUCAUAUUUUAAAUGUG